AAGAUAAAUAAAUAAAUAAAAACUCAGUCUCUUGCACAUAAAAAGCGUACAGUGAGGUUUUAGCCAAAUUAGCCAUCAGCUACGAUGGACUCCAAUCUCAACCCACUCCCCCAACCCAACCUUAAACCCCAAUUCUCUACUGGUUCCUCUUCUGCCACCAAACUCCCCAUCAAACGCAAAACCCCUAAUCCUAAUUCUUAUCCUCUCCCCUUCACUGGCACCAUUGAUCCUGAUGUAAUUCCAGUCUCCACCGUCAAACCCCCUCCUCCUUUCAAAUUGCACCGGAUCUGGAGCGAACCCGACGAGAUCCGAUUCCUUCAAGGCCUCCUCCGUUCCACCUCCGACCUGUCCACUUUUUACGACAAAUUCUCCAGUACGACGUCGUCGCCGCCGCCGCAGCAGCAGCAGCAGCAGCAUCAUCAUCAUCCUUACACCAAAUCCCAACUCUCUCAGAAGCUCCGGAGACUACGCAAGAAAUUUCGCGCCAUCUCUUCCCGUAUUUCCCGCGGCCUCGAUCCUAACCUCUUGUCACCUCAUGACCGCGUCCUUUUCGAUCUCUCAAGGAAGCUAUGGAGCCCUAAAGAUAACAGUAAAAUGAAUUCUAAUUCUGGUUCUAACAUUAGUAUCGAGUAUGCUGAAAGGGUUAAUUUAGUUGGAGUGCAGGUAGAUUUUUCACCGGUUUUACCGCCUUUUAACAACAAUAAUGAUUUACAGCCUUUGGAUUUAGACGAUUCCAAUGAUGUAGAUGUGGCGGCGGAAAAGGCGAGUGUGGUGGCGAAAGGCGUAGUGAAGGUGUUUGAUGAGUGCAUAAAAGAGAGACUGCGAUGUAUGGCUGUUGAUGAUAAGAAUGAUUUUGAAAGGAAGUGGAGGGAGCAAAAGGCGGCUGAGAUGGAUGUUUUUGGUAGAAGAUUGAGGCUGCUGCUUGAGGGUUCUGUUAGGUUAUGAUUGCUGAGUUCUUAGUUUUUGCUUUUCAUAUUUAUUGAUAAGCUCUGUAUAUAUUCCAUUAUCUAAUCUAUUUGCCAAUAAUAUUAAAUAUGUUAAAUUUCUUAA